GUGGGCGCAGCCGGUCGGGCCGCGGCCGCUCCGAGGUGAACGGCGCCGAGACGGGCUCGCGGCGCGGGGAGGCCGGGCGCGCCGCCGCUAUGAAUUCCGCCGAGCAGACCGUUACGUGGCUCAUUACCUUGGGGGUGCUGGAGUCGCCCAAGAAAACCAUCUCGGACCCGGAGGGCUUCCUGCAGGCGUCUCUGAAGGAUGGGGUGGUCCUCUGCAGGCUGCUGGAGCGCCUGCUGCCCGGGACCAUCGAGAAAGUCUACCCGGAGCCCCGGAGCGAGGGCGAGUGCCUGAGCAACAUCCGCGAGUUCCUGCGAGGCUGCGGGGCGUCCCUGCGCCUGGAGACAUUUGAUGCAAACGAUUUGUAUCAGGGGCAGAAUUUCAACAAGGUCCUCAGCUCCUUAGUGACUCUAAAUAAAGUAACAGCAGUUUCAGAUCCCUGGGAGGGGCAGUUAGCCCUUGAUUCGUCUCUUUUCAUCAGAAAAAACAUCGGCCUGGGAAGUGACUCCGUGUGUGCCCGGCCCUCCUCUCACCGGAUCAAGUCUUUCGACUCCCUGGGACCCCAGCCUUCGCACGGUCGGACUUCAAGACUGUUCCAGGGCCAGUAUCGGAGUUUGGACAUGACGGAUAAUAGCAACAAUCAGCUGGUCGUAAGAGCCAAGUUUAACUUCCAGCAGACGAAUGAAGACGAGCUGUCCUUUGCGAAAGGCGACGUCAUCCACGUCACGCGGGUGGAGGAAGGGGGCUGGUGGGAGGGCACGCACAGCGGCAGGACCGGCUGGUUCCCCAGCAACUACGUGCGCGAGAUCAAGCCCAGCGAAAAGCCCGUGUCACCCAAAUCUGGAGCCUUGAAGAGCCCUCCCAAAGGAUUUGAUACGACUGCCAUUAACAAAAGCUAUUAUAAUGUGGUGCUACAGAAUAUUUUGGAAACAGAAAAUGAAUAUUCUAAAGAACUUCAGACUGUGCUUUCAACCUAUCUACGGCCACUGCAGACCACUGAGAAGUUAAGUUCAGCAAACACUUCAUAUUUAAUGGGAAAUCUAGAAGAAAUAUGUUCUUUCCAGCAAAUGCUUGUACAGUCUUUAGAAGAAUGUACCAAGAUGCCCGAAGCUCAGCAGAGAGUCGGAGGCUGCUUUUUAAACCUGAUGCCGCAGAUGAAGACCUUGUACCUUGCGUAUUGUGCCAACCACCCGUCUGCAGUGAGCGUCCUCACGGAGCACAGUGAAGAGCUGGGCGAGUUCAUGGAGAUGAAGGGCGCCAGCAGCCCCGGCAUUCUCGUGCUGACCACCGGCCUCAGCAAGCCGUUCAUGCGCCUGGACAAGUACCCCGCGCUGCUCAAGGAGCUGGAGAGGCACAUGGAGGAUUAUCAUCCAGAUAGACAAGAUAUUCAAAAAUCCAUGACUGCCUUCAAAAACCUUUCAGCGCAGUGUCAAGAAGUACGGAAAAGGAAGGAGCUGGAGCUGCAGAUCCUGACAGAAGCCAUCCGGAGCUGGGAGGGAGAUGACAUUAAGACCCUGGGCAACGUCAUUUACAUGUCCCAGGUCCUGAUUCAGUGCGCUGGGAGCGAGGAAAAGAAUGAACGGUAUCUUCUGCUCUUCCCAAAUAUUUUGCUAAUGUUGUCUGCCAGUCCUAGGAUGAGUGGUUUUAUAUACCAGGGAAAGCUGCCAACGACAGGAAUGACAAUCACAAAGCUUGAGGACAGUGAAAAUCAUAGAAACGCAUUUGAAAUAUCAGGGAGCAUGAUUGAGCGGAUCUUGGUGUCCUGCAGCGACCAGCAGGACCUCCACGAGUGGGUGGACCGUCUGCAGAAGCAGACGAAGGUCACCUCUGCCGGGAACCCCGCCGUCAAGCCUCACCCUGUGCCGUCUCACACCCUCCCCUCCCACUCCAUCACCCCGUCCAGCAAGCAUGCGGACAGCAAGCCCGUGCCGCUGACGCCCGCCUACCACACGCUGCCUCACCCCUCCCACCACGGCACUCCGCACACCACCAUCAACUGGGGGCCCCUGGAGCCUCCGAAGACCCCCAAGCCCUGGAGCCUGAGCUGCCUGCGACCCGCACCCCCUCUCCGGCCCUCAGCUGCUCUCUGCUACAAGGAGGAUCUCAGCAAGAGUCCCAAGACCAUGAAAAAGCUGCUCCCCAAGCGCAAGCCUGAGCGGAAGCCUUCGGACGAGGAGUUCGCGCUGAGGAAGAGCACGGCCGCGCUGGAGGAGGAUGCCCAGAUUCUGAAGGUCAUCGAGGCUUACUGCACCAGCGCCAGGACGCGGCAGACGCUCAACUCGACAUGGCAAGGCACUGACCUGAUGCAUAAUCACGUCUUGGCUGAUGACGACCAGUCAAGUCUAGACUCCCUGGGUCGUCGCAGCAGCCUUUCUCGUUUGGAGCCUUCAGACCUCUCGGAAGACUCUGACUAUGACAGUAUAUGGACAGCCCAUAGUUACAGGAUGGGUUCUACAUCUCGUUCACGCAAAGAAUCUGCGCCACAAGUUUUGCUUCCAGAAGAAGAGAAAAUUAUAGUUGAAGAAACUAAAAGUAACGGUCAGACAGUGAUAGAAGAAAAGAGUCUCGUCGACACCGUGUAUGCACUGAAGGAUGAAGUCCAGGAGUUACGACAGGAUAACAAGAAGAUGAAGAAAUCUCUGGAGGAGGAGCAGAGAGCCCGCAAAGACCUGGAGAAGCUGGUGAGGAAGGUUCUAAAGAACAUGAACGAUCCCGCUUGGGAUGAGACCAACCUCUAAGGAACGUCCUGGGUUCUUUCUCGAAGACUGGUUACGAGACCAAGCUGGAGCCCCGUGACCACAACCGAGUGACUCUCAGGACCGCAGAGCAGGGCUGUACGGAAGUCCUCUUGCCUUCUGUGCGUAGAAAAGCUGCAGCUGACCCCGGCCGUGGCGUUCCUGAAGAACCAGCGUGAGGCAUAGACGCCGAGGCCGGACUGUGCUACCUGCCUCUCAACAUCUCAGUACCUCAUUUUGCAAUAAGUGCAGGGACUGCGUCUGGUCUUUCAGGCUUUGAUUGAAUAUAUAUAAAUGUUACAUAUACGCUGCCUGUAAAUGCUCCGUUUUGAAAGCGUAUCCGUGGUUGUCGUGUCGGGGCUGGUGGCUGUGCUGCAGUCCCCCUCCACUAACCUCUCUGGUCCCGCGCACUGGGACGCGUGCUCACGCACUCGUGGGAAGCAGAGUCUGGGGAGCGCACAGGUGUUCCUGGGAGAUGCCUGCUCUGUUCUCCGCCACCGCAGUGCUCCGAAAACGCCUCCCACUGCAGUCUGCCUAGACAACUCACCUUGUUCGUACCUGCAGAGACACCUUCAUCGCGCUGGAGAGUCUCCUGGUAAAGCAGUACCGCAGUCACUGGCGUGCGGCACUCUGGCUGAGCUCGGGGGUCUGGGCCUCAGCCCCGAACACAAGAAAUCGCGUCUGCCGCCACCGUGUCCCGCGACAGGUGUGCACGCGUCCGCUUCUUGUGAACACCUGAGCGUUGGAGGGUGUCCGGCCCGCUGGGGGGGGGCCUGACGUGUAGGCUGGUUUAAUACCUUGGCCAGGUGCACUGUCUUGUCCUCCCCCGAGAGAGCAAGCUCACUAGAGCCUGUAAAUAAAGUGUGUUAUUUAUUACACGUCACCGCAGCCCGCGAGGGUGAGCCGUCCCGCGGGUGGGGUUUCUGUGUGAGGCCGGUCUGACCCCGAGACCUGCUCUCCCGUUGGGUGCAACAGGCAGAACAGGCAGGCCUUCCGUGCUCGCUGAAAAGGCAGUGUUUCCACUGUUUCAGCAAGAAUGAAGCAAUAUACGCCUGAGAUUCCCCUAAGGAGUGGGAGCCACCCCCCGCCCCACCUCCACCCCCGCCCCACCUCCACCCCCGCGUCCAGACAGCAGGGGGCACAGAGGAGGAAGCCUGUCCUCUCUGCAGCCCCGGGCGGGCGGGAAGCCCGGCCUCGGGCCCAGCUGGUUCCUGUGCUCUGCCCCCUGCCCUUCUGAAGAGGCCGUUUUUAAAGUGAGAUAAUCUUCUGCAGAGAACAAGUGUCGUGUCUUUAAAAACCAGAAUCCCAGCACAUUGCGUCGGAGACGUCUCAGAAAUGCCCACGUGGCACCAGAUGUGACUCUGUGAGCUGCGCCCUCUCACUGCAUCGGACUGUCUGAUGUCCCCGAGCUGGGCGGCUCGGUCCUUGUGGUCCUCGGCCCACGGCCUCACUCUCGGGCUCCCCGGCUCAGCCGUUACCUGCUCAGCGGGUGUGCCUGGGGCCCGACGUUGACCUGCCCACACUCGACCUUGUUACGAGAAUUGCCGACUUCCUGUACUUAGCGUUGUGUUCAUUAGUGCCGGGGCCAGAAGAGGUGGUCUUCGGGGAUUUUUGGUAAGCCCUGUCUUUACAGUAGUAUCUUUUGAGGAUGCGUAAGACAUUGCAGUGGGAAACAAUCCAGUUCGAGUGUACUGAAGUUUGCCGUCUCGAGCAAGUUCUAACUCAGGAACCACUUCAUCACCUGAUCUCUCCAGCACUUUGUGACGGCAUUGUUGCCGCCAGCACCCUGGGACGGGGCUCUUGCAGAACCUGCCUUACCUAUUGAUUUUAGCACCCCUUCUCCGGAAGGGGUGACCGUUGACAUGCUUGUGUAAUGCAUUACCUUUUCUUCCCGUGGAUCCAAGGUUUGACUAAGCUUUUGAGGGAGCAGAGAGCAUGCGUCUGAGCAGCUCUUUCUAAAAACCUGCCCUGUCGUAAAUGGACUGCACCCGUUUCUCCGUGUGACCUUCUGAGGGGCUGGGGGGUGGAUGGGGACGUCAGGAAGGGGCCCCCUGCCUGCUGGAGUCACCUCUGCUCCCACCUUUUGUGGAUGAGGAGACGAAGCCAUUGCCUCGCCUGGGACGGGAAGCGCUUGGAGGCGUGCGCGGCCCUGGGACGCGCUCUGCGGUGGGACGUGCCGGCCCGCGUGCGCCUCCCCUGUGGACUCCCGAUGCCCCCCCGGCCCCGUCCUCAUUUCUCGGACAUGCGGAGUCCCCGUUCACAGCUGUGGGGACACUUCACGAAAUGCCACAGGCGGUGUCCUGGCCUUGACUACUCAUGCUACAUUGCUGUAAUUAUUAAACUAUUUUUCUUAUGUUA